UGGAACUCAACCUACUUGAUGCUUGAGGCGACGUUGCCAUAUGAGCCGGCUAUGAGGUUGUUUCAAACCUUGAAUCCUGAUUUUGCUAGUGACUUGAAGGAAAGGAAGCACAAAAAAAUGUCAAUUGGUGUUCAUACUGAACUCGAUUGGAUUGAAGUGAAGAGGAUGUGUGGUUUUCUCGAACAGUUCUACAAUCUUACUCGUCUAGUCUCCGGCUCCCACUAUGUCACAUCGCAUCAAGUUCUCAUGGAGCUGUGUGACAUGAUUAGUCUCAUAACAGACUUGGAAGAGGAUGAAGACGAUGGUCUUAGAAACAUGGCCAUGAGGAUGAGAUUGAAGAUUGGUAAGUAUUGGCUAGAGGAAACUGAGCUAAAUCCGAAGAUGAACAAAAUCCUUUACAUUGCUGUCAUGUUAGAUCCCAGGCAAAAGAUGAAGCAUGUAGAACAUUGUUUAAAGUUGGUGUAUGGUAGCACACGAGCAAAUGAAUUGCUGGAGGAGUUGAAUAAGCAGAUCUAUGAUUUAUAUGAGGCGUACAAGGCAGAAAUGGCUCCAAUAUUGGGUCAAACACAACCACGAAAAACAACACAAAAUGCCCCAGUAACAAAUAGAUCAGCGAAUCUGCGCUUUCUUGGCAAAGGAAAAAAAUAUUCUCUCGGAGUUAUUAACAACAAUGUUGCAAAUAUGUCUGACCAGAUGGAGCUCACUCGAUACCUCUCAGACAGUCUAUAUGUGAUGACUGAGGAUGAAGUUGACAAUUUUGACAUCCUUGAGUGGUGGAAGAAAUACACAGCGGCCUUUCCUAUUAUGUCGGAGAUGGCAAGAGAUAUCCUAGCUAUUCCUAUAUCUAGUGUUGCCUCUGAAGCGGCAUUUAGCAUGGGAGGUCGUUUUCUUUCGCCAUUUAGAAGCUCUUUGACUCCGAGGGUGGUAGAGGCUUUGUUAUGCGCCGAAGAUUGGUUGAGGUCCAGCAACUGUUUUAUCAAAGAUGAAGAAGGAGACCCAGAAACAGCUAUCGAUAAGCAUUACGAUGAUUUGGUGAAGGAACUACAAAAUCUUGGCAUAGUGUCAACCAAUGAGACGCCUUCAUCUGCCGGAAUUGAAGUGUGAAUGUUGACGAAUGAUGAUUGUGAUUUUUGAAUAUUUGGAGUUUGAAUCUUUGA